GUGUGUGUCUCGCUGUGAUCACGCUCAGACCAACCGGCGACAGUGUGUUGGUUAGCUCUAGCGCCGCUAACGUGACAGAGGAAGAUUCAACAGGCUGUCGCUCGAUUUUCACCCAUUAAACUCGUAAUCAGAGCUGCAGAGUUCACAUCAGCAUGUUUAACCCUCACCAGCAGCAGCAGCAGCAGCAGCAUCAGUUUCAUCAGCAUCUGCGGCAGCUUCAGCAUCUGUUUCAGCAGCAGACUCCUCCUCCACCUCCUCCUCCACCACAGCCUCCUCCUACUCAUCACAUCACACACACACACACACGGCCCAUGGCGGUUCCUGCUCCAUCUCCUGCUUCUGCUCGUAUGGUGAACCUGUGUUCAGCCACGCAGGCCAUCAUCGCUCCCAACCCCAUGCUGCAGGGGGCGCUGCUCAUGCAGCAGAUGCAGGCGGGUGGCAUGCGUGGCUUUGCGAUGGGGGGCCAGCAGUUUCCUCAGUUCUUCACUGCGGGCUCCAGAGCGUCUCUUCUGGGACCCGUCCCGAUGGGAGUCGCCAUCAAGACCCCACACAUGGGAUUCCAGCGCCACUUCACGCCACACGCGCGCUAUUACACCAACGAGUUUCAGGCUCGUCAGCCGGACAGAAAGAGGGAAAACGAGCAGAAAUCUGUGGGCAGCCAAUCAGAAGCCAGCAGCAGCAGCAGCAGAGCAGAUCCGGGAUGUCAGGAGUCUUCAGAGCAGCCCGAUGAACCAGCGGCCAAAAAACACAAGACACAAGAGUCAGAGGAGCCUGUGGAGACAGAAUCAGCUCAAAGUGCGGAGUAUAAGAGCCCAGAUCCUGCAGAGCUCACUCUGCAGGAGGGAGGAGACGUGGACGCUGAAGCAGAUGAACCGAGUCAAGCGGCCGAGGUUGAAAGCACAGAAGCUCCAGAUAAAGACGUCGAGCAGCAGAUCAGUGACGGUCCAGACGAGAACACGGUCUCUGAUUCAGUGCUUGAGAUCAAGGAGACCUCAGACACUCCUGAGGAAGUCAAAGACGGAGAAACCGAGACCUCCAACAAGUUCUUCUGCUAUAUUUGCAACAUCACUUGCCAUAACCAGCAAAAUUUCCAGAGCCAUAUGAACGGCCUGACGCACCAGCAGAAGAUGAUGGAGAUCCAGCACAUGAGCAACGCGUGUCUCGUAACACUGCUGCCGCGAGUCCAGGAGACCCUGCAAGGAGCUCACAGAGACGGUGAGAAGAGAGCAGGUCUGCAGAGAUGGUGCUCCACCUGCCAGACGCACUUCACCACCAACGUCAUGGAGCAUCGCAGAACCACGGAGCACAAGCGCUGCAUCCGCUCGUCCAGCUCCAGCUGCACCGUCUGUAAGCUGCACUUCAGGACACACAGAGAGUUUGUGGAGCACAUGCAGUGUCCGGAGCACCAGCAGCGAGUCCAGCAGCUGUGGAAGGAGUCGGAUCAGAUGAACACCGACAUGUUUCUGGGUGAAGAGGACGGAGAGUGCAGCGAUGAGGAGAGGGAGGAAGAGGAGAACGGGAAGGAGGGUCUGUCUGCGCAGAUGGAGGUCACACUGGAGGAUCUGACCGAAGACGAGGAGUUCGACUCGGACACAGUGUACGGCUCCAGUUUCGUGGUGCCCGUGGCUGGUUUCCUCUGUCGUCUCUGUGGUCAGUUCUAUCACUUUGAGUCUUCGGCUCGACACACACACUGCAAGACGCUCACACACUUCCAGAAUCUGAAGCGUUACAAAGCUUUACUGAAGCAGGAAGACUCCGUCUCGAGUCCAGAUCAGACGUCAGUCCUCACGAAGACCCCAGCCUCCUGCAGCACCUCACCUCCCAGCUGCACACAGGAAGUGCAGCCGCACGCACAGGAAGAGGCGGAGCCCGAGGGGAAGAGCGUCCGGGGCCGCGGCCGCACUCCUGCUAAGAGACGAGGACGAGGAGCGAGACGACGCUGACACACACUUCAGAGGACCCUAGUGAAAGCACCCGUCCUGUUUGUCAGGAGAAGGGAAUGAUGGGAUACGCUUCAUUAACAUGUUCAGCUCAGUCCAGCCCAAAACCAACAAGAUCUACAUCCAGAUUUAUCAUCAGCAUUACAUGAGAAUUCUGAAAACAGCUCUUUUUAAAGCAAUUCUCCAGCAUUUAAUAUAUAUGUACACACUGCAAAAAAAUGCUUUUCUAACUUAGAUUGUCUUUGUCUUGUUUCCAGCCGAAGGAUUUUGUUUAAAAAGUCAGUUUUUGCUUCGAACAAGUAUAAGAAUCUGCCAGUGAUGUAAGCACAAUACUGUUAUUUUAAACAGAAAACUUGUUCUAAGCAAAAAAUGACUUCAUUUUGACUUGUUUUUACAAAAAAAUAGACCAUCAUUUUGACUUUAAUAGAAAAUCAUUUUAGAUAUCUAUUGAAAACAAGACAAAAACAUCUAAGUAAAAAUCUUUUUUGCAGCAUUUAUAUAUAUAUAUAUAUAUA